AUGUGGAAGGGUGUGCGGCCGGGUGCGGAGAUCUCGUUUGUUUACGAUCUGAAUGAAAAUGUCGACGGAGAGUUUAUUUGCCUAGAUGAAACUCGGCGAGUAGUUUUACUGCGUAUGUGUUUUUCAAGGUGCCAGGCAACUAUUUAGGGAAACCAUCUAAAAGUGGACGGCAAAACACAUACGAUAUUUUUAUGUAUCGGCUAGACUACAUUAAGGAUUUGAAGUCUUCUAAUGCAAAUCCGAUCACAAAUUAUCCGGACCUGGAUUUGGAUAAGGUGACCUUUUUCAUGCCGAGUGUAUACUCUAGAUUACCGCACGCACAUUAAGAAAUGAAAAAAUCGAGCGAGAGCGUUUAAAACUAUAUGAACCUGGCGUUUCUAAAGAUGCCAGGGAACUAUUUGAGCACUUUUACAAGACGUUCGUUGUCCUCUUAAUUUUCUAUGCUUGUGUAGUCUACCAACUCCGCCUAAGUGGGAGAAGCCGAACAUCCAAGUUUUCGAACAAACCAUCAUUAAACCACCCUACACUGUCAGUAGCGUGAGCACAAAACACGAAUCGAGCAAGGCAAAGUUAGAAGGAGAAUAUGUAAAGAAGCUGGUAGGUUUUUGCAGUUAUUGUGUAACGGUUUAGGUCGAAAAAUUCUACUGCGAGAGAAAUCCUGGGUCCUGA